UGCGCUUGACCUGCAGGAUUUGUAGUUUGAGAGGCACCUGGAUUGACAGGGAUCGACACGCCGAGUCAGAGCAGACAGAAUGAUCUAGAUUUAUUGUUAUCUUCCAGUGAAGACAAGCUGCUCUGUUUCUUUUAGGGCACGAUUGGGUGUAUUUUACGCACGCGUACCUCCAGGACGCAAUACUUUUAGGGAGAAACCCUUUCCAAGUGACAAAAGUGGAGCCAUGGUUGGUUUUACGCAGAGCACAAAUAUGCCGAUUAGACUGUCUGAGACACUUUUUUGGCGGAGUCUGCAUUUCUUCUGAGAUCUGAUAAUAUGUGAUAUUCCUGCUGCUGGUGGAAACGUAUAAUCCCUCCCUGAUUACCGCUCACAGAUGGAUUGCGUCCUGUUGGAGAGCCGGGUGACAUCAGGGCCUACUCAAAUGAAUUUAGCCGCUAUGCUUGCGUCUUGAUUGCUGAACUGAAGCCAUUUAGGGCAGACAGUCUUCUGCGCGCCAGCGGUACCUCAGCUUCUCCAUCGGUGCCAACAUGAGAAGAACUGUACUCAAAGAAGCCGCCAAGCGAUUCCCCUGGCUGGCCAAUGUGACUUUGUACGGGUGCUUAUUCGCCGGAGGUGACCUCGUCCACCAGCUCAUGGCUCAGAAGGAGUGCAUGGACUGGAAACACACUCGCAAUGUUGCCAUCGUGGCAAUUAGUUUCCAUGGAAACUUUAAUUACUUCUGGCUACGAGCCUUGGAGAGACGUUUCCCUGGAAAGUCUGCCGGGAUGGUUUUCCGCAAACUCCUGCUGGAUCAAAGCUUCGCCUCGCCCUUGGCCACCAGUGUCUUCUACACGGGAGUGAGCUUCUUGGAGGGUAAGGAGGAUAUAUUUGAGGACUGGAGGGAGAAGUUCUUCAACACCUGGAAGACUGGACUCAUGUACUGGCCAUUCAUGCAGUUUCUGAACUUUGCCCUGAUGCCAUUGCACAUGCGAACGGCCUUCAUGGGUUGCUGCGCCUUCCUGUGGGCCACCUUCCUGUGCUUCUCACGGCAGAGCGGCGAUGGCACUGCCGCUGUGGCUCUGGCGUUUCUCAUGGACCCCCGUAAAACUCUGGAGGAGAUGCGUGAGGCCCGGCUGGCCCGAAAGAAGCAAAAAGCCCAGAGAGAAAACUAAAGAGAGGAGGAGCACAUAGCUUCUGUCAUCCAGACAUUUGAGCUUUGAUAGCAGGACAGUUGGGUUAUCUAAAGCUGUUAAACCAGCAUCCACAAACUGAAAGCACUGUGGAGAGCUGAAAAGCUGAAGAGUGAAUGAAAACUGUGUCACUGAUGCAGAUUUCAAACACCAGUGCGAUUAGUAACACUAUUACGUUUGAUGAUGUGGGCAUUUACAAGGCAGGGAGAGUGUAAUCCAGUGCUUUUUGACUCUUUUUAACUGUAAGUGUCUGAUGCAAGCCCUCUAGAGUUAUGAAAAUGUAAUUCCUGACAGCUGAACAGACCAAAGAAACACAAAAUGCAGUAUAAGAAGACAGUCUAAAACCACAAACAAGCUGUAGUCUUAAGUGUAAUCCAUUAUAUCUAAAGUGUCAGAUAAAACAAACAACAUACACAGAAUUAUUCUAUUUUAAAAACAUCAUCUGUAAUAGAGCUAAAAAGAAUCAAUUUUGUCCUGAGGGUGGUGCUGGAGUAACAGUCAGGAGGAUCGUUAUAAUCAAACAAAUCCAUCCUCAGGCGAGCAUGAUGGUCCAUCAGCUCACAAGAUCAGGAUAUUUGUUGUAUAAAAGUGAAUAUUUUGGCCAUAAAGGAGCGGAGGUCAGUGGAUUUAUAGGAUUCACCCUCAGGGAGCUAAAUGUAAUUAUGUAUACUACUGUUCAAAAGUUUGGGGUCACCCAGACAAUUUCCUGUUUUCCAUGAAAACCCACAGUUUUAUUCAUGUACUAACAUAAUUCCACAAAGGUUUUCUAAUCAUCAAUUAGCCUUUCAACACCAUUAGCUAACACAAUGUAGCGUUAGAACACAGGAGUGAUGGUUGCUGGAAAUGUUCCUCUGUACUCCUAUGUAGAUAUUCCAUUAAAAAUCAACCGUUUCCAGCUACAAUAGUCAUUGACCAAAUUAACAAUGUCUAGACUGUAUUUCUGAUUAAUUUAAUUUUUUAUUCAUUAAAGAAAACAGUUUUUCUUUCAAAAAUAAGGACAUUUCUAAGUGACUCCAAACUUUUGAACGGUAGUAUAUAUGCAGUAAGGUUUUUACCAACCACAUUGUAAUUAUUGAAGUAUUUUUUGUGGACCAACACUAAAAUGGCUAAAGUGGAGUUUAGAGCCAAGUGCUCAAGCUUAUCACACAUUGUUUACAGCUGCAGUGAUGUAUAAAUGAUGGCUCUGACUCCACACCUCAAAGGUUUCAGUUGAAACAAGACUGGGCCAGCAGACAUAAUGGGCAUUUCAUUUGUGGUAGAAGGCCGUGGCUGGUUGUGCUGAUGGCCCUGGUUUGAAUAAGCCCAUGGUGCAUUGUAGCUCCUGAGACCUAAAUUAAGGGCUUGCUGUUUCUGCAGUACACCUGUUGUGCCUUUUCUUGGUGACAAAUCUGCCCUGACUACAGGUCUAUGAGCUUGCUGUGUUUGGCUGACUGGUGGUCGUCAUUAGUAAUCAGUAAAAUGAGAUAUGUAUGUAUAUAAUUUUGUGCGUGUUUUAAAUUAAUUUGCUUUGGGAAGCACUGAUGUAAUCAGACUAAUGUCUGAAAAUAUAAAUGUUUUGGGAUUGUGAAUGUGCUCAGUAAUCUGCAAAGAGAACUUUGAAAAUACUUGAUGGUGGUGCUAGAGGAAAGGUCAGUGUGUUCAACAGAAACAUAUGGAGAUAAUGAAUAUCUACAUCAGAUUUACAUUAGUUUUCAGUGGACUUUGCCACAAGUGUUCAAGGAGAGAACUGGCUAUGGUGGUGGUGCUUUAUGAAAGAAGGAAAUAAUUUGAUGGCAUUUACAGCAGUUUUAGAUAUGUUGAGAGUCUGAGUUGGACAAAGCAAGAGCUCAUUAUUCAGGAAAUAUUGGCUUUAAUUGCUGUCAGUUAGAUGAGAAAAUUUGAACACUGCACCCACAAAUAUACUGUUUUUGCAGCAUAAUUGCAAUAACUGAGCUUAGUUCCCUGCUUCUGGUCUAAGCUACCUGCCCAUUGACUGUGGUUUAAUAUUAGUGAACAACUUCUGUCUAACUCUGUAAGAAGCAAAUAAUCACAUCCCCUGGAAAGUCCAACAGUCAGCUUACCACUCUCAAUCAAAAGCACCCAUGAUGUAUUAAUGCAAAAGAUAUGUAUCAGUGCAUCCCAUUUGUGUUGUGUCUCCUGUGUUUGAGAUGUGAAGAUACGGUAUUAUAAUCCUGUCCUCUUACUUGAACCAUCUAAUAGGUUGCCAUCAGCCCAGAUACCUUAUUGUGUACCACAUCACCUACCUGAGCCAGACUCAUUAUUCACUCUUGUUUAGAUUUAGCGAAGCUUAAACACUUUCAUUAUUAUUUAUGAAAGAGAUUUGAUGAUUGUAUUACUCGAUAUACCCAUAUUAUAUCAGAAGGUAAAAGCUGAAAAAUUGUACUUGAUUUGGGCGCAGCCCUCUAGUAGAUACAUGUUGACUGAAAAACAACACUGAAAUAAACCUCAAGAAAUGUUAAGCAUUUUUCAAAACAGUGUAUGAAAGUCCAUAUUUUGGCAGUAUGAUGACUGGUUAACAGUACACUGUGACAACUUCAACUAUAUUGCUGUGCUGGUGCUUUGAUAUUUUCAGAACAAGGAUGCUUCUUUGUUAUGGGAAUUCUCAUAUGUUCUUUUGACAAGGGUCCAGACAGUCAACCUGAAACCAAUAAACCGAUCAAACAUC